AUGUCAAAAGCAGGCUCAAACGAGGCUGAGUCCUCAGGGACGCAGGUCCCAUUCGUAAUUGGCGGAGGCUCAGGAAUGAUAGCUACAUGUUGCAUUCAGCCAGCUGAUAUGGUCAAGGUACGAUUACAACUGCUUGGGGAGGGCAGUGCAGGGAAAGGCCAAACACCGUUCGCAGUGGCGAGGCAAAUCAUUCGCGAUGGAAGAUUUCUCGACCUGUACGAUGGAUUAUCCGCAGGCCUCUUGCGACAGGCGACUUAUGCUACCAUGCGACUUGGAUUCUUCGAUCGAUUCCAAACCUUCUUUGUCGUCAGAGCCGAAGCGAAGGGGACUACAAUCGGCUUCCGUGAACGAGCAGCUGCCUCUUUGAGUGCUGGAGGUCUCGCCGCUGCCAUCGCCAACCCAGCUGAGGUAGCUCUCAUUCGACUCCAGAGCGAUGGCAUGAAGCCGAAAGCAGAACGGGCCAACUACAAGUCGGUAGUUGAUGCGCUUGUUCGGAUUGCUAGGAAUGAAGGUGUCUUCGCUUUAUGGCAGGGAUCCUAUCCCACAACCAUCAGAGCUAUGUCGACGAACUUUGGUCAACUGGCAUUCUUUUCGGAAUCGAAGGCGCAGCUGAAAAAGCGGACAUCGCUCUCUGAUCGAAAGGUCAGCCUCGGCGCAUCAGCCAUCGCCGGAUUCUUUACAGCGUUUUUCAGUCUCCCUUUCGAUUUUGUCAAGACACGGUUACAGAGGGGCGGAUCUGCUUACAAAGGUGUCUUCGAUUGUGCGGUCAAGGUUGCACAGACGGAAGGUCUGUUGCGCUUUUACCGCGGGUUUGGCACGUAUUUCGUCCGAAUUGCUCCACACACUAUGAUCACGCUGGUCGUCGCAGACUAUGUGACAGCUCUUGUGAAGAAGGCCGAAGAGAAGGUUAACGAAGAGUAG